UGCAAGACAUAACAAUUUUACAUAAUCCAUCUUUAAUUAUUGCAUUCGCUCUUUCUUACCGCAUUCAUCUUUUUCUUAGCAAAAUUCCAUCCAAUCAUGCCGAUAUAUUCAGGAUCUUCGGAUUCUGAAGACGAAAGAACGUACCAUAAAACAACCAAGCUCUUCAGCCGUCAACGAUCAGUUCACUCUAUAUUUGGUGGUGGUCAAGUUGCAGAUGUUAUGUUAUGGAGAGAGCCGAAAAUAGCUGCAACAUUGGUGAUAGGAGUGAGCCUCUUAUGGUUCUUAAUGGAAGUAGUUGAAUACAAUUUCAUAACCUUAGUUUGUCAUGCUUCCAUGACCUCUAUGCUUCUUUUCUUCAUCUGGUCCACUGUUUCUGAUUUUCUCAACUGGGAAAGGCCAAUAAUACCGGAAGUGAUACUAGACGAAUCUUCUUUCAGACAUUUAGCAACAAGCUUCCAUAUUAGAUUCAACCAAAUCCUCUCUAAGCUUCUUGACAUUGCUUGUGGAAGAGAUCCUCCACUCUUUUUUCUCACAACGAUCUCACUUUAUAUCUUAUCCAUCAUCGGGACAUAUUUCAACUUUGUGAAUCUUCUGUUCGUAGGGUUCGUAAGCAUGCAGACGAUGCCGGUUAUGUAUGAGAUGUACGAGGAUGACGUUGAUAGAGUGGCGGGUAAGUUGAUGAGGAAGCUGAGGAAGCUUUACAGGAAAGUCGACUCGAAUGUUCUUAGCAAAAUCCCAAGAGGAACUGUCAAAAACAAGAAACUUACUUAAAUCUUCUUCAUUAUAAUUGUUUAUCAUUACUGUAUUUACUAUAUAAUUUCAACCCAAACUAAUAUAAGUACAUAUCUUUGACUGGUU